AUGUGGAAGAAGAUUUUCAAAAAGGGGGUCAGUCGUAAAGGCAACGCCAAAAGUCUGGUCCACAGGGACAGUAAGGAGGGAAAUGAAAAAGAUGACAGUGUUGAUGAUUUGCAGAAUGCACCAAGCGGUGGUGUGGAGAUUGAGCAACAUGACCUCAUCCAAAAACUGGUCGGUAGAGGAGCCGAGAUAAAUAAAGUUGAUAAUGACGGUUUUACUGCAUUACAGCUAGCUUCAGAUGGACAACUUGAUGUCACUAAAUAUUUCAUCAGUCAAGGAGCCGAGGUGAAUAACGGCGGAAAUCUUAGUUUGACCCCGUUACGUGUAAGUCGUAAAGGCAACGCCAAAAGUCUAAUCCACAGAGACAGUAUGGAGGAAAAUGAACAAGAUGGCCGUGGUGAUGAUUUGCAGAGUGCACUAAACAGUGCCGUGCGGAAUGGACAACUUGACCUCAUCCAAGAACUGAUCGGUAGAGGAGUCGAGGUUAAUAACGGCGGGAAAAAGGGUUUGAUACCAUUGCAUAUAGCUGCACAGAAUGGUAAUCUUGAUGUCACCAAAUUUCUGAUCAGUCAAGGAGCUGAGAUGAAUAAAGUCGGUAAUGACGGUUGGACUGCGUUACUUAUAGCUGCAGGGACUGGACAUCUCGAUGUCACCAAAUUUCUGAUCAGUCAAGGAGCAGAGGUUAAUCACGGCGGAAUGGAGGCUGCACAGAAUGGUCAUCUUGAUGUCACCAAAUGUCUGAUUAGUCAGGGAGCUGCAGUCAAUAGGAGCAGCAAUGAGGGUAGGACCCCAUUACAACUAGCUGCACAGAAUGGUCAUCUUGAUGUCACCAAAUGUCUGAUAAGUCAAAGAGCUGAAGUGAAUAAAGAUGACAAUGAGGGUAUGACUCCAUUACGACGAGCCGCACAGAAUGGUCAUCUUGAUGUCACCAAAUGUCUGAUAAGUCAAGGGGCUGAAGUGAAUGAAGUUGAUAAUGAUGGUCUAACCCCAUUACAACUAGCUGCAUCUAAUGGUCAUCUUGAUGUCAUCAAAUAUCUGAUGAGGCAAAGAGCUGAAGUGAAUAAAGGUGAUAAUGAUGGUUCGACUGCAUUACAUUUAGCUGCUAAUGAAGGACAUCUUGAUGUUGUCACAGAAUUAAUCAGUCAAGGAGCUGAUGUUGAUAAGGCUAGUGACAAAGGAUGGUCAGCCUUAUACCUUGCCGCAGCUGCUGGUCACGUUCGUGUUUCAAGUGCUUUGCUUGGUCAGCAAGCUGAGCUGGCCACAUCAAAUAUAAUUCAUUGGACUGAGUUUCAUUCCGCUGCAGAGAGAGGCGAUCUUGAUGCCAUGAAAGAUCAAGUAAGUCAAGGAGCCGAGCUGGAUAAAGCUGGUUCUUUUGGUUGGACAGCCUUACAACUUGCAGCGAGUAAUGGCAACCUUGGUAUGAUAAGAUAUUUGCUAAGUCAAGGAGCUGAUGUGAAUUCUAGCAAUGUCUUUGGUAGGUGUGCCUUGCAUAAUGCUGCAACGAAAGGGAAGUUGGAUGUCAUGGAAUAUCUGAUCAGUGAAGGGGCCGAUAUGAAUAAAGGAAAUGACUAUGGAUCGACUGCCCUGCAUUUUGCAUCAACAUAUGGCCAUUUAGAUAUCGUGAAAUCCCUAAUCAAUCAUGGAGUGGAGGCAGAUAUUGGUAACGCAAUUGGAGCAACUGCUCUCCAUUAUGCUUUAUGUAAUCGUCAGAUCGACAUUACCAAGUAUCUGCUCAGCCAAGGCUCUGAACUGAAUAUGAGAAGCGUGUGGCCCUCCGUCAUCUUACAAUUUGAUGGACAGUAUGGUCACUAUGAUGGUGUGCGAUGUGUGCAUAGUCGUGUAGUUCAAGCAGUUAGCAGACUAAUAGAUUCUCUCACUGUCUUUAGAGGUGCUACAGAAAGUGAUCUUGGUAGAAGCAAAUAUCAAGAUGGCGAUGAGCAAAAGACAGUUCAAGGUGGAAUGGUUAUUGUGCAAAGGCCACUUAUAUUGUCUGAUCUUGACAUUCAAGAUCUUCUCGCAAGUCAAGGAGGCAGAACAGUUAGUCGCACAUCAUUACAAUAUGCUGUAGAAGGUGACAGUUUAGCAGUUGUAAGGUAUCUGGUCAGUCAAGGAGCUGAAGUGAAGGAAAGCAACAAUGCUGGCUGGACUGCUCUUCAUUUAGCUGCGCAAAUGGGUCAUCUUGGUAUUGUAAAUUAUCUACUUGGACAAGGAGCCGAAGUAGCCAAAGGAGACGUUGAUGAUAUCUCGCCUUUGCAUGUUGCUGCAUUUGUUGGCCAUUGUCACGUUACAGAGCAUUUGCUUAGGCAAGGAGCAAAGGUAAACGGAGCCACCAAGGAGAAAGGUUCUACAGCCCUACAUGUCGGCGUGCAGAAUGGUCAUCUCGAUAUCGCGAAAGGCUUGCUCAACCACGGAGCUGAAAUUGAUGCGACAGACAAUGACGGUUGGACUCCCUUGCACAUUGCUGCUCAGAACGGUCUCAUCGAUGUCAUGAAGUGUCUACUUCAGCAACUUGCAGAUGUUAGCAAGAUUACCAAGAAGGGAUCAUCUGCCCUGCAUCUGUCUGCUGUAAAUGGACAUUCCGAUGUCACAAGAUAUCUAUUGGAGCACGGAGCUGAAGUGAAUCUGAGUAAACCUGGGAAGAAUGCGUUGCAACCCGCUGCAGAACAAGACCAAGUGCAAGGGACAGGUCCAUAUACGCGGUGUGCUAAAGGGCAGAAACACCCUUCUUCCCCAAAUGACCAUGCAGAUACUGAGGGUUUAACAGAAAAUGAGAAGAAGGUUGUUGGACAACAUGCUGAGAAAGGCUGCACAGCAGUUCAUUUAGCCACGCAAAAUGGCUACACCUCCAUCAUCGAGACAUUAGUUUCUCAUGGCGCCGAUCUCAACCUCCAGUCCAUAGACGGAAAGACCUGUCUUCACGAAGCCAUCAGACUUUGUGGUCGGAAGGACGGCAAAGUUGAAGCAACACCAGCACUUCAAAAGAUCUCAGAAGAGUUCUAUCAGAAUGAAUUGUCUUCCAAGAAGGCCCUGGUCUUCUAUCUCUUGGACCACGGAGCAAAGCUGGACAUCAAGGAUAACCAAGGCAACCUACCAGUCCACUAUGCAAAGGAUGAAAUCAUUCGCCAGAUGAUAUUCUCAAGGUAG